CAUGACCACACUGGGUUGGGGCUUUUGCUCUUAGCUUUGGUGCCAAUAGUGAACGAAAGUGGAGUGUAUCUCUCUCUCAUCUCUCUGACCGAUGGUGCUGACUUCAGCAUGGCACCCAGAUGGUUCGUCAUCCUCACUCUUCUCCAGUGUGCUUUAUUUUUCUGUUUCAGUACAGCACGGCAGUACAGAGCUCUCUUUCCUGCUGUGCACAGAGCGAGGAGAGGGACCGCAGCAAUGGUGAAUCCUGUCUUUCAGAAGUCCAUCAAAGAUGUUGAUCUAUUCUAUGAGGUAGGCUUGCAUCCUGAGGAGAUGCACACUAGCAGUGUACUGGUGGAAACGCAGGAGCUGGCGUCCCUGCGACACACACACAUCCUAGAGGUCAUCUGUGAGGACUUCCUGCCAAAGAAGCUGACAGACAUACGCCGCUUGACCUCUGCCCUCUCGCAGCAUGCAGGCAGCGCCACUCUGAGGCGGGAGGACUUUGAGCGCACUAUCCUGACGAUGGUGUACUCUGCCCAACAUGUGGCACAAGCCUCCAGCCACCACCAGAGGGAGCUCUGGGCCGAGUCCUUUGUAGAGCUCUUCAGGGCUAUUAAAAGAGACCUUGCCGCUAAAUGACUACAGACUUGUCGCUUGUAGAGGUCUUCAGGGCCAUUAAAAGACACCUUGCAGCUACAGGUACACAGCUACAGAUGAUAACCUGUGUUUAAUGCCAGGUCACUUGAAUGGGGCACUGGACCCUCUUGAGUGACAAACAUUCAUAGAAUGUGCAUAUAUUUGGCCAUAUGUUUUUUCUUUUUUUGUGACGGACAAAUGCAUUUUU